AUGAGUCAAAAAGAAAGCUCCGGUGAAAUUCAAAUCUUUGCUUCCGGUGCUCGUCUUAUGAAGGUUAAACAAGAGGCCGGAGAGAAGAUGAAGAAAGACGCCAAGAAGGCUAAAGAUUUGAUUGGACCGAGAGUCAAGAGGAUGAAGAAGAAAUAUGGCAAGAGCACCUCCUCUUGUCUUCACUCUCCCUCGCUGUUGAAGAGUCAGGAUGUCGUUAAUCUUGUCGUUCAAGCUCACGGCAAGAGCGAUCUAGCCAGGGCUUGUACUGACGAUGAAACUCCUGAAACUGUUCCGGAGGGUUGGUUCUGUAUUCAUGAGAAAUACAUCUCCAAAUGCCACCUUAGGUUCCCUCUCCCAACCCUCUUGCUAGACCUCCUAGAUCACUAUCAGCUGGCCCUUUCCCAACUUUGCCCCUCGGUUAUCCGAUUGGUGAACGGAUUCAUCACCAGGGCUAAAGAAGAAGGAGUUAUCGUAGGGUUGAGUGAGCUGAUGAGUCUGUUCCUGAUAAAGGAAAGCUCUUCCAAGGAUGGCGGAGGCGGGACCUAUUACCUCCCAUGUCGUCCGGGGCUAGAGAUUGAGGACCCUGUCAAGUUAUCCGGUAAACUCACCAGAGCUAUCCACAGGAUGCUGCAGCACAGCCCUAAUACUUGGGGAGCUUAUACUACUUCGAGAGUUGGAUCAGCUAGGUUCCCUGAACGAUACAAGACUUCCUUUCCUGAUUCAGUCACAGUUGCUGGUCUAGAAGUCUCGUCUGGAGCCAGUACCUCUGAAAAAACUCAGUCACAGAAGAUGCCUAUUCAGCCCUCAUUCCGUUCCAGGGGCCGAUCAACUAAGGCUGCCAGCUCCUCUCGGGGAAGCGACAAGAAUCAAGGAGGAUCCUUCCUCAGCACGGUGAAUGAUGUUCUUGAUGAUGGAGGCUCUGCUCCUGCCAAAGAUGCCAGUUAUUCUGAGCCUAAGGUUCAGGAAGUUGUCCCUCACCCUGAGGUUCCGGAGGUGGAAGCUGAUCCUCAGAUGGCGAAGGAUACUCAUGAAUUUGAGCCUCCGAGGAGCAAGAGGUCCAGGACCGACCAAGUUGACAGACCUUCUAGGUCUUCCUCUUGUUCCUCUAGAGGAGGAACCGUCGGCUGGAACUUCACUCACUCGAAGCCUGGAUCAGUCUUUGAUGACUCGUGGGGUUUGGCCACGCUAAUGAGGCAUAUGAAGAGAAUCGGGUGCGCCCUUCCCUCAACCGCUAAUCUCACGAACAAGGAAGAGUAUGUUGAGAUUGCCCACUUCAUGGGUCAGCUAGCUGGAGCUAUCAACAGGGCUCAGUUCAAGUUUGAAGAAACUGUUCACAAUGCCCCCAACGCUGGUGAGCUAGCUCAGGUUACUGAGCUAAUUAGAGCUACUAAAGUAGAGCUUGACCAAGCUCGGGUUCAGGUCUCUGAACUCCAAGCUGAGGUCAAGAGACUUGGAUCCAAAGCCGACAUCCAGCAAGGGAAAAUUGAGAGUCAAACGGUGGACAUCCAGGUGAAGAGCCGGAAGAUCGCUGAGUUAGAGUCUGCUCGGAAGAUAGCCGAGUAUCAGGUCAAUGAACUGAUUGCUUCGUCCCAAGACAGCCAGAAGAACAUCGAAGCUGAGGUCAAAUUGGUUGUUAGGAGAGGAAAGAAAGAGGUAGCUGAUGCCUACAACAAGAUCUUGGCCUCCGUGAAAGAGAAGUUUGCCAAGAAGAAGGAUGAGGUCGAGCUCCAUAUUUAUGCUCAAGAACUUCAGGCCAACACUGACCUUUUGAAGGAUAUGAUGGAGAAUGAAAUCCAGAAUGCUGAGGACGAGUAUAAUCGUCUAAUGACCUUGAUGCCAGAGGCGGCUGCUGCGUACGAGAAGGCGCAAGUCUCAGACUUCUCGAUCAGCAAGCUUCCUCUUCCUCAACUCUCUGAGAGCUCAGGUACUUUUGAGAUCAAUAUGUUCAAUCUCCCCUUUUCUGGAGAGUAUGGUUCUAACUUAGGUUUGGUGGACCCUGAUUUAGCUCCAAUCGAGGCAUCCGAAAUGGGGGAUGAUAAGGAGGCAGAUGAGGGAGGUCCAGCCAAAGAAGGUGAACCAUCUGAAGGAGAUAAGAGUGUCGGGAGGAGCUUCCGUGAUGAUGAUGUCUAA